AAUGUACGGAGGAAUCUGACGAAACUGAACUGACAGAAAAGAAACCAACACUUCUUUCGAGAGGCGUUGGCAACUGAAAUCUGAAGCGGAGUCUGAUCAGAUGGAAAACGGAGACAACCACGGCGGCGAGUCAUCGUACCCAAAUGCCGACCAGACUGAGACCGAGAUUCAGAAGAAGACAACAUUGGAAUCGGAGGCUUUGGCAAAGGGACUGUCUUCCACCCUCGCCACCAUCAUUAAAGACUUCGAUUCCAAAGCGCAGCAGACCUUCACCAGCCAAGACCAGCUCUCUCAAGCCCUCGAUCGCCUCACCCGCGAGCUUGAUAAGUUGUUAGAGGAUGCUCCGUUGCCGUUCAUAAUGCAACACGCGGCGAAGAUAACGGCGGUUAGGAAGAGGGUUUUGUCUCUCAACUCCGUUUUGAAGAAUGUUCAACGCCGUCUUGAUAAUAUAGACCGCAUCUUAACUCUGGGCGCCCCACAUCAAAACCAACAUGAUAAGACAUCCACCGAACAUUCAGGGCUGCAGUAAUACAGUUGUGUACUAAAGAAGAUAUCUGGCUCAGUAUUGGGACUGCAGGGGACAACCUUAGAGUUUUGGCGUCAAUCAACUAAUUGAUGAAUUUUGCCAGCUUUGGGCUGAAGCUCGAUGAGGAGUUUCAAAAGCCACAAGGAUGCUCCAUCAUUAGGCAAAUAGAUGUUACCUGAAAGUCAGAAUCACUGAAUUGUAAUGAAGGAGAAUAUAUGGACGGUGUGGUGUGUCUAUGGACAUUGAGUGGGUAGAUGAUUGGGGUUCUGACUGGGUUGAGUGGCGGUAUUUCAGGCAGAUGGCAAUGGAAGCUUGCUAAAGUUGGCACUGUGUCCCCUUAAUUUUGAUCUUGAUUAAGAGAUGAUGAGAUGAGGGAUCAGUUACCUCAUUUC